AUGCCUCACCAACGACGGAGGUCAGGGCAUCUGUCCACAACCGCCUCUGCAACAGACGUGCGCAAACAGGUCACUGUAUCCGACAUGUCCAAACCACGACGGCCAGCCAUGUCGCGCAAACAUACUCCAGUCAGCGCCCACAAACUAGGACGAAGUCAACGGGAACGUGAACGGGAGGUGCAAGACUCUUGGGACGGGGAAAGAGAGAGCUUUCCACAAUUCUGCAUGACCUGCGAGAAGCAGUUCACGCCCCAUGAUGGCACUGGCGUCUACUGCUCGGAGACGUGCCGCCUUCAGGAUCAGUCGGCCGGUAUCUCAUCGUCGUCCGCCAUGCCUCGAUCCUUCUCCGUGGACAACAACUACCCUCGAUACUUGGACAUGUCUCCGGAUCUGAAACCCAGGGACAUUGUACCUCAGGCUUCGCCAUCGCGCCCAACCUCGCUCUACCUUUCCGCAUCACCCCCUGCGACACCUGGCACAUCGGCUUAUCACUCGUCUGCCAUCUCCGCCCUGCGAUCGCUCAACCUCAACACACGACCUCCAAGCCCGCCCAGUCCUACAGAAAGCAGCUCUGGGCAAUUCUGGCCCUUCUCAGGACGGAGCGCCGCCACGAGCCCCAGCAACAGUUAUACGCGGCCCUCGGCGACCUACCUCUCGUCAACAUACGAUGGCGGCUUCAAUGGCUACUACGGCUUGGGCGCCAUGGAUCGCCCCCUUCCGAGUCGGAUGCCCGCCUCCCACUCACGAACCAAGAGCAUCGACCUUCUCACCCCUCUGAGUGGGCGGUGA